AUGGAGGCCGAGCUAAGGGGUAGAUGGAACGACUUGACGCCGUUUAUGGCCGAGGAGGCGCGGGAGAGGUGGUGGGCCAGGAUCUACGGGGCCUAUGCGGCACGGUCGUUCAGAGACGUCGCCCAUCUGAAUCUGAUGUUCCAGCAAUAUGACAAACACAAGGACCUCAUCAAGGAACGCUACGGAUUUGCUUUUGCCGUCUUUUUCAUGAAUGUCGCCUACGACCCCCGAAAUGAACAAUGCUGGAAGGAGAGCGUGGAGAUGGUCAAAGAAUUCGGCAACUCGACGACGUUCGAUCAACAGGGAUAUGUUGUCGACAUUAUCACAUCUUCGGCUUCCUCAUCUGGAGAUGGGACCACCGACCUUUCCACUCCAGGCGGCGACGACGUGCACUACUUGAUCGACUUUGACUCGGCGUAUCUAGCCUCAGCCCCCGAAGAUUAUGACAGAUAUGUGGCCGGGAUCCGGGCCGAAUCGAUGAUGUUUGAUGAUGAGGAAUUCUUGGCGCUCAGAAAGAAGCUGCUAACGAUGUUCAUGCGACUACCGUACAUCUACAUGACCCAGCCAAUGCGCGAUACCUGCGAAGAGAAAGCGCGUGACAACAUCACUCGCGAGAUCGAGGUCCUCAACACCGGAAAAUUGAUUGUGAAG